AAAACAAAGCUAGCUGGCAGAGCAAAAUACAUACAGAUUUCUGCAUGUGACUACAACUACACGUUAAAGCGUCCUUGUUGCUGCGAACCAAAUCAAACAAGAUAAAAGAGGAGAGUUUUUCGAGAGGAGGCUCCAUUAUCUCUUUCCAGAGAAGGAAAUAUGUUUGAUACUCUUGGACUCAUUUGUAUGAUUUGGUGGUAUUUGAUGCUAUUUCAUCCCUUGCAUGCUGACUUCCAGUGUAUGGAGUACACACAGGAAUCGCCCAUUACAAAUGUGAAUGUGGACUGGAGAAAAAUGGAACUGUCCUGGGAGAGCAGCAGGAAUUUCUCUGAGUACAAAUGUACCAUCAUGGACAGGGACAUGGAAUAUAUAGACAUAGAGGUACAUAGUCCACUAUGCAACUUUCAAGAGGAACUAGACAAGCCUCUGCACAAAGGGGUAUUCUUCAACAUUGAAGUGCCAAACACAAAUAUCUCAAAACAAUGCAGCUUUCUCCCUGGAGGCAUGAAUGGGUCGGCCAUUGAAAACUUCUCCUGUGUGAUUUAUAACAUCUUCCUCAUGAACUGCACUUGGCAGGCAGGAAGGGAUGCUCCAGCAGACACACAGUAUUUUCUCUACUGGCAGAAGUCGAGAGAUGAAGAGGAGAUGGAAUGUGAGCUUUACAUUAAAGAUGAAAAUUGUAGAAAUAUGGGAUGUAUUUUCGAAAAUGUGAGCAUAGGGGUUGAAAAAGCUUACUUUCUGGUGAAUGGGUCUAGCAAAGACUCUGUGAUCCAGUUCUAUGAUGAGUACAUUGACCUGUAUAAAAUUGAAAUACUCACUGCUCCAUUAAAUGUCACUGCUGAUUGUACCAGAGGUUCAGCAGGUUGCAUAAUUACGUGGCAUCCACCCCUUACAAAUCAUGUGGAAGAAUCAAGGUGUUUUCAGUAUGAAAUUAGCAUACAAAAUAAGGACGAGCCCAAAGAAGAGAAAAAACUUCCUCGUGUAAGGGAUGACAGAUAUGAAUUCCAAAACUACAAUGAGAAAAAAAGAUACAUUCUGAAAAUCAGAGCACGUGGAAAAAACUGUCUCGUGAGCUCAAACUGGGGGGAAUGGAGUGAACCCAUUGAGUUUGGUCAAGGGAAAGAUUACUUUAUUUUUGUGAUUUUAUUUCUGAUUGCACUUGGAACAAUCUCAAUUACACUUCUCCUGUAUUGUCUUUUCAAAAGGUGCUGCAAUUUCAAGAACUUAUUUCCUACCAUACCACAACCAAGAGACAAAUUCAGUGCAUUAACUGAUGAAGAUAUCCAGACAGAAUAUGUAUAUCUACCAACAAAAAGUCAUACUGAGGAAAUAACUGCAAUUGAAGAAUGAUCCAACUUUCCAAAAACACACCUGAUUUCCCAACCUGAAAGAAAAUUACGGAUCCUGCUGACAAGUACUUCAAACCAGCCUAUAAGAGAAUAUAAUCACCUAUAAAAUUGUUUGUCCCCUUAAAAUAUGCUUUAAAUGGAGAAGAUGAAAAAAAGAA